CUGUUUUUGAAAAUUACGUUGUUUCUGUGUGUUAAGUGCUUUUUAUUUUGGCAGUGUCGAUUCCUGCAUUCCCUUGGGAAUAUGGAAAGAUGCAUUUUUAUCCAUUGCAGAGUAUGUGAGCGGUCGAUCGCUUGCAAAGAGCUGAGAAAAAAUCAGGAGUGAAGACGGCAUUUAAGCGCUUGACUCAUCUGUCGCACCUUUCCUUGAUCUUCUGGCAUUUGGGGGAGAGAAUGGUGUUUUCUUGACAUUUAUUAAAUGUCAUACGAAAGUUAAGCUAAUACUCUAGAGUGAGCACCGCCUAAGAAUUUCAAGAAAGGCACCGGAUUCGGCUGCCGUGAUUUCAGCACCGGAGACGCCCCCGAGUGGAAGAGGAGAUAUUGGCGUUUUUUCCUAUUCUUUGUUAUUGAAUAAACAAUUUUGGAGUGACGCAGUCCUGUGUUCUUUCACAUUGAAGACCUGUCAUUCCAGUGCUUGGGUGUCAGGAGUAAGUGAAGCCCUGGAUUCUCGUCGGUUUUAUGAAGAAGUCUAUUGAUCCUGGAAUUGGCUGAUUUCAGAGGCGUUAGAUCCGCGUAAUUAUUCCAUUAUUUUCAGAGCAAACCGUCACUGGUCGAGGAACUUUUACCAAACAACCACAAAAUUAAGAAUAAUUUUGCAGUAUGGAGAAAGUUCUAUAUCGUGGUUUCUAUUGAUCUCGUCAAAAUUAAGUUAAACGCUUUGUGAAGGAACGUAUAGGGCGAACAGAUGCCUAUGGUCUUUAGUCACGGAGAUUUCUUAGAAAGGAUUCCUUAAAUGUGCAAAAUGUGAUAUAAUUCUUAUAACGGGGGAUAUAAGUACAUUACCUAUAUCAACUAUGUCUUCGCUGUCGCCUUUUACUAACACAGGACUGGGGUAUGGUAUGGGAAUCUACCGACCCAGAAGGCCAAGCUACACGUACGCAACACAAGCCCCUCGACAGAGAACGGAGAGUUACAGGUAUGCCGUUCGUAAGAGUACAGGGGACCCUGAAAAUACCGACUUCAUUGAGGGAAUGACAAAUUCUAGUAAACGGGGUCGUAAGGAAAGUUAUUUUCAAGCCGUUAAACGAGAUGAUCGGAAUGUGGAAAUGGCUCAAGUGGAAGUUAGAAUAGACCCGCCAAAACCAGAGGAGGAGCAGACGAUUAUAAAUAAUCGACACUCUUUGAACAAACUUCCCGAUGAACACAUUAAUGAAUUAAAAAGAGCAAUUUUGAGACGAACAAAAAGUUUAGAACGAGAGAAUCGAGUGCCAGAUACUUAUAUGGCUCCCAGGAGUGUCUCUAAUGAUCAACUGAACUUGCCAGCGGAAAAUCACUGCUUCAACAAACCUGAUACAACGGGGACUCCAAACUCAGAACUUAGUAGCAAUGUUCCUUCCGUUAUUCUGUUUACUUUUAAGAAGAACCUUGUUUUUCUGUGCAUUAGCUUCAUUCUAUUGUUUUCAGUGUUUAGAGCCAUUCAGAAUCUCCAGACGUCCAUUAACGACGAGAGAUAUCUAGGAGUUACCGCCAUGUCUUGUGUACAUGGUGCAAUGUUUGUAACCUGUUUGUGGGCUCCAGUUUUUAUAAACCUCAUGUCUGCCAAAUGGGCAAUAACUUGUGGAAUGUUCAGUUUCCUUGCUUGGACCGGUGCCAAUUUUUACCCUAGUUUUUAUACCCUAGUCCCCACUGGGCUUUUCUCGGGGUGGGGACAAGGGAUCCUAUGGACUGCUGAGGCGUCGUACAUCUUAAAGUUAGCCUUUGAUUCUUCAAGAAUCACGAAGAAGGGCAUAGACAAAGAAGUGUUCAGAUUUAACGGAUUUUUUCUUGCCGGGUUUCAGACGACUCACAUUUGGGGAAAUUUAAUUUCAUCCAUUAUUAUUUCUUCCACCACAGCAGACGAUACUGGGAAUGAUGACGUAAGUGGUGAACUUCAUCCUAACUUCACAGCAAGUAUCCAGGUCCCAACUAGCAUCAAUAAAUGUGGGGGGCUGUACCCCUGCAGUCCGGUACCCGGGGGUGUCAUGGAGGUCUCAGAUGAACAGAAAUUACCAAUGUUGUGGAAGUUAAUGGGAGCCUACAUUGUCAUCGGGUUCGUUGGAUUCUGUCUCAUUUUCUUCUGUUUAGAUCAGAUCGGAGCCAGGGUCUACCCGGAGAAAACUGGACUUCAGAUAUAUCUUCAGCAUCUCAAUCUACUGGUAGGCCACAAGACCUUCCGUCUUCUAAUACCUUUGCUCAUCUUCAGUGGACUACAACAGGGCUUCGUCUUCGCAGACUUUAAUAUGGCUUUCGUUACCUGUUCAUUGAAACUCGAAUUUGUGGGCUAUACCAUGAUAGUAAUGGGCGUGGCCAAUGUAUGCAGUGCGGUUCUGAUUGGUUUAUUUGCAAAUCAUGUGCCAAGGGAGGCGGUAUUCGGAAUAGGAGGAGUAACUCAUAUUGGAGUGAUGAUCAUCAUGCUUAUAUGGGUCCCAGACACCAGCACUUUGGUCCAUUUCGUUAUCGCUGCCGUUCUAGGUCUGUGUGAUGCUGUCUGGCAAACACAGUGUAACACUCUAAUUUGCAUCACGUGUCCAGAAGCGGUAGACAUUGCAUUCGCAAAUUACAGGAUGUUACAGAGUCUAGGUCUCUUCAUCUCAUUCGUCAGUGAUAGAUUUAUGUGCGUCUAUUCCAAACUUUACUUUUUGAUCAUCAUGUUGGUGGUAUCCACCAUGUUUUACGUGCUGGCGGAAUACCGAGUAAGACAAAUCGACAACAUUGUUGAUGAAGUGUUCGAAGAGCAAACCACUGUGAACCAGCCACGUGACAAUUAGCCGUCGCCAAAUGAUUUGACACGUUCCGGUAUUAUAUUACUCUGUAUAUUGUUGAUGAAUUGUGCUUCCUAUUAUUUUGUUGUUAUGUUGUGAUAAUUUGUUAACUAUUUGGGGUGUGAAUUUGCUUUCUGUCUGGAAUAGAUUUAUAUCAAGUGUGUUUUGUAUGAAAGUGUUGUGGAAAUAUACAGUGGUAGGUGUAGUGAUAAAAUUUGUAUGAUCAUUCAAGAAAAUAGAAUGGGUGUUUCCAUCAAAAAUAUAAUUAAAUACAUACUCACAGUAUUUAAAAAUGUGCAAAAAAAUAAACAUCAAAUUGAAAAGUACACUCUUUACAAUUUCUAAACAUAUACGUACAUACUUGUGCAUGGCAGCGCAACCAAAGCAAAUCAACAACUUUGGUUCACUUCCAGAAAUGAACUCCAAAAUCUACCAGUAUAAAG